CGGUUUUUGCUGUCCCCUCCACCUGGUUUCCACCCCACCCCAGGCCUUCACCACUGUGCUGUCUAUGUCCAUAGAUUGGGAAUCUCAACCUAAAGCCAAAGAGUCUAUUCCUAUGCAGGAUAUUUUGGAGGAAAAUUCAUCUCAUGAUUUGCAAAUGGGGCCAGGGCUUGAUUUGAGGAUGCAGAUCCGGCCCAUGAUGGGAGAGAGGGGGAUACUUUCACCUCCAGAGGACCGGCCAGCUCUCUGGGAGUCGCCUUGGCCUUCUGGAUACACGGGACUGAAAGCGGCUGUGCAGGUUCAGGGGGUGGCCACGCUGGAGCCUGAACUGGAUGUUCCUGACCCCUGGGCGGCCAAGGGUUCUGCUCUGCUUGCUCAGGACCCUGUGUGGCUGCAGGAGAAAAGCAUAGAGGAAGAAGCUGUGGUUCCUGGCGUGCUGUCUACCUGUGUACAGGAACCAGUCACCUUUGCAGAUGUGACUGUGCUCUUCACCCCAGAAGAAUGGAUGUUUCUAGACUCUGCCCAGAGAAGCCUGUAUAGAGACGUGAUGCUAGAGAACUACAAGAACCUGACCUCUGUGGCAGGAGAUCAACUAUGCAAACUCAGUACCUUUUCCUAUUUGGAGCAAAGAGAAGAGCUGUGGAUCACUGAUAGAGGGAUGUUCCCAGGAGUCCGAACAGAACCUCAACCUCAACCCCAAGAGUCAAUUCUUAACCAAGAUACUUUUGCGAAGAUUGCAUCCAUUGGUAUAGAAAGGGAGCAACCUCUGCAUGGAGAAAAACUCUAUAAUGAACUUGGGGAACCCUUUAACAGUAUCAAACAACUUUUUCAGUGUGAGAGAAUUUAUGCUGGAGGCCACCCCUAUGAAUGCCCAGAGAGUGGGAAAUCCUUCUUCCAGACCACUCACCUAAUAGUGCAUGAGAAGACCCAGAGUGGACAUAGUGGAGAUAAAACCUAUGCAUGUAACAAAUGUGAAAAAUCCUUCAGAUACAGCUCUGACCUUAUCAGGCACGAGAAGACUCAUACCUCAGAGAAGUACUUUGAAUGUCAAGAAUGUAGGCAUGCCUUCAAGUACUCCUCGAACCUGCGACGCCACAUGAGGACACACACAGGAGAGAAACCUUUUGAAUGUAGUCAGUGUGGAAAAACCUUCACAAGGAACUUUAACCUGAUUUUGCACCAGAGAAACCACACGGGUGAAAAGCCCUAUGAAUGUAAGGAUUGUGGGAAAGCUUUUAAUCAGCCAUCUUCUCUGAGGAGCCAUAUGAGAACUCACACUGGAGAGAAGCCCUUUGAAUGCAGUCAGUGUGGGAAAGCUUUCAGAGAACAUUCGUCACUGAAGACUCAUUUGCGUACUCACACCAGAGAGAAACCAUAUGAGUGUAACCAGUGUGGAAAGCCCUUCCGGACAAGUACCCAUCUGAAUGUUCACAAGAGGAUCCACACGGGGGAGAAACUUUAUGAGUGUACUACUUGUGGUCAGGUGUUGAGUCGUCUCUCAACCCUCAAGAGUCACAUGCGAACCCACACUGGAGAGAAGCCCUACGCAUGCCAGGAGUGUGGGCGAGCCUUUAGUGAGCCCUCAUCCCUCAGGAAACAUGCAAGGACCCAUACCGGCAAGAAGCCCUAUGUCUGUCAGGAAUGUGGGCGAGCCUUUGGUCAGUCUUCACACCUUAUUGUACACGUGAGAACACACACUACAGGAAAACCCUAUGAAUGUAAUCAGUGUGAGAAAGCGUUUCGGCAUAGCUCUUCACUUACUGUGCAUAAAAGGAUUCAUACCAGGAGAGACAACGUUAGGAAUGGCAGCCUGCCUUUAUCAGUGUCUCAUUCAUUUGGUAGGCCCCUUGCUAAUUAACUUCCAAUUUGUAAAAAUAUAAACAUUUGGGCCUAUAAUAAUCUCUUACAGUACUUGUUUAGCUGCAUAACAUGUUUUGAUGUCUAAUUUAAUUUUUGUUUAAUUCUAAAUGUUGUAUUAGUUUCCAUUAUUAAAUCUUUGACACAUUA